GUCUUCGGCAACGCCUCCACGCCUCUCUCCUUCCAUGGCGAAACUGCUCCACACUGCCUCCACGAGUUCCAGUUGCAGUUCAGUUUCUCUUCCAAAGCAACGUAAUCACAGCUCGUUUUACAGUUUCGAUCGUAUUUCUGUUCCAUUCCGAUCGGAAUCGUCGAUCAGUUUGUACUCAACUGGUCGUUUAUCGCCUUCAAUUUGUUGUUCGUAUUCAUCAUGGAAGACAGGGAGUUGGAUUUCGAAUCCUUCACCGGUUUUGAAGAGUGACUCUUCUGAUGGUUUUGAAGUCAAAGCGACGUCCGGUUCUGAUAGCACUAAUGAAAGUGAUGUGGCGGCGGUGGCGGUAGCGAAGUCGAAAAUGGCGGAAAUGGCCGUGCUUGGAUUGUUAUUUGGGAUCUGGUACCUUUUCAAUAUCUAUUUCAACAUCUACAAUAAACAGGUUCUGGAAGUUUUUCCAAAUCCAGUAACCCUGACUGCAGUUCAGCUUGCUGUUGGGACUGCAAUGAUAUUUUUCAGCUGGGCCUUAAAUCUUCAUAAAUGGCCGAACAUCAGCCGUGCACAGCUUGUAGCAAUCCUGCCAUUGGCUGUAAUGCACACGUUAGGUAAUUUUUCGACUAACAUGAGUCUUGGAAAAGUUUCGGUUUCAUUUACUCACACAAUCAAAGCAAUGGAACCAUUUUUUACAGUAGUACUCUCUACUAUUUUUCUAGGAGAGAUUCCGACACUAUGGGUAGUGAGUUCCCUUGUACCAAUUGUUGGUGGAGUCGUACUUGCAUCUCUGACUGAGGUCUCAUUUAAUUGGGCAGGGUUUUUGAGUGCAAUGGCAUCCAAUCUGUCAAAUCAAUCGCGUAAUGUCCUGAGCAAAAAGCUUAUGGUAAAGAAAGAGGAAUCAUUGGACAACAUUACCCUUUUCUCAAUUAUAACAAUUAUGUCUUUCUUCAUAUUUACUCCUGUUGCAUUACUUGUGGGAGAAGUCAAAUUUACCCCUGCUUACCUGCAAUCCGCUGGUUUAAACCUUAAACAGGUGUACGUUCGGACUCUCCUUGCUUCAAUCUGCUUCCACACAUAUCAGCAGGUUGCUUAUAUGAUACUACAAAGAGUAUCUCCGGUUACACACUCGGUGGGCAACUGUGUGAAACGUGUUGUGGUCAUUGUAUCCUCUAUCUUCUUCUUCCGCACACCCGUCUCACUCAUCAAUGCCAUAGGCACUGCAGUUGCGCUUGCUGGAGUAUUUUUAUAUUCACAAGUGAAGCGCAUUAAGCCCAAAACUGUCUGAAGUAUAUCAACUUAUUCUGUGUUACAAAAAGGAGGUUUUGGGUGAUAGAUUUAGAAUAUAUUAUUGGAUGACUGCAAUACCGUUCCUUUAGCGGAUAUUCUUUUGAGUAACAAUUUUUUAGUUAAUUUGAAGGUUAUUUAGUUCGCUC